GCACACAGAGUGGAAGCAGCCGUAUAAGGCAAUUGAGGCAAGCCUCGUUACUUCUCAGCACGUUUUUUAAGCUCCUCCCCCUCUUCCCCUCCGAACCCAGAGACCAAAUUUCCAUCUCCAUUCUCUAAUACUUCUCUUUUGAUCGAAGAAAAUUCAGAAAGCCCCUCUUCAUCUUCAACAAUGGCAGAGGAGACCCAGACGAAAGCAGAGGAAGUCGUUGUUACUGAGACUGAGAAAACUGCGAUCGAGAAAAACCCAUCACCACCACCGGUGCCUGAGGUAGAGGAGGCCACCAAGCCCACCGUCAUCAUCGAAGAAGUUGCUGCUACUGAGGAGGCUGAGAAGCCAAAGGUCACUGAGGAGAAGGCCAUCGCUCAAUCUGUUUCUUUUAAGGAGGAGAGCAACAUCGUCUCUGAUCUUCCUAACCCAGAGAAGAAAGCCCUCGAAGAGCUGAAGCAGCUCAUCCAGGAAGCCCUUAACAAACACGAGUUCACUGCUCCUCUACCGCCUCCACCGGCGGCAGGGGUAGAGAAACCCAAAGAUGAGGAGAAGAAAGCUGACAUGCAAGAAGCCCCUGCCCCUGCUGCUGCUGCUGAUGAUGAAGCGCCGGCACCGACAAUGACGGAAGAGCCCCCGAAGACGAAGGCUAGCGAAGUUGCAGAGCCUACACCGGCCCUGGAAGUGGUCGAGGAGAAGAAAGAAGCAUCAUCGGCAACGCCGGAGGAAGAAAAGAAAGAAGUGACACCACCAGAACCAGAACCAACAUCGGAACCAGUGGCCGUGGUGGUUACAGAGGUGGUUGAGAAGAUAACCUUCGUUGACGACGAUGGGGCUAAGACUGUUGAGGCCAUUGAAGAGACCAUCGUAGCCGUCUCUACUCCUGCAGUACCGGCUGAGGAACCUGCACCAGCGGCGCCAGAAAAGGAACCGGUGACAGAAGCUGCUGCGGGCGCCGCUGCACCUGCUGAAACGAAAGAGGAAGAGAUAGCCGACGCCGCUGCGCCACCACCUCCGCCACCGGAGGAGGUGUCAAUAUGGGGAAUCCCUCUGCUUGCCGACGAGCGGAGCGAUGUGAUCCUUCUGAAAUUCCUUCGUGCCAGGGACUUCAGGGUGAAAGACGCUUUCACCAUGAUCAAGAACACGGUGGCAUGGAGGAAACAGUUCGGAAUUGAGACCCUUCUUGAGGAAGACCUUGGUAAUGAUCUGGAGAAGGCUGUGUUCAUGUAUGGGUCUGAUAAGGAAGGCCACCCUGUGUGUUACAACGUAUAUGGAGAGUUCCAGAACAAGGAGCUGUAUCAGAAGGCUUUCGCUGAUGAGGAGAAGCGGCAGAAGUUCCUGCGGUGGAGAAUUCAGUUCCUUGAAAAGAGCAUUCAGAAGCUCGAUUUUAGCCCAAGUGGUCUUUCCACAAUUGUUCAGGUUAAUGAUCUCAAGAAUUCUCCUGGACCCGGAAAGUGGGAGCUUCGACAGGCUACAAGGCAGGCUCUUUCCUUGCUCCAAGACAACUACCCAGAGUUCGUCGCCAAACAGGUCUUUAUCAAUGUUCCUUGGUGGUACCUUGCUUUCAAUCGGAUGAUCAGUCCCUUCUUGACCCAGAGAACAAAAAGCAAGUUUGUCUUUGCUGGGCCAUCCAAAUCGGCCGAGACCCUUUUCAAAUACAUAGCUCCUGAGCAAGUGCCAGUUCAAUACGGGGGCUUGAGCAGGGAAGGAGAGCAAGAAUUCUCCACAGCCUAUCCAGUUAGUGAAGUCACUAUAAAGCCAACAACAAAGCACAUUGUUGAUAUCCCUGUUUCUGAGACUUGCGUUCUCGUUUGGGAGCUUCGGGUAAUUGGUUGGGAUGUCAGCUAUGGUGCUGAGUUUGUGCCGAAUGCCGAAGACGGCUACACUGUGAUUGUGCAGAAGAGAAGGAAGCUGAUGCCUACCACCGAUGAACCGGUGCUCUCUAACAGCUUCAAGAUUGGCGAGCCUGGAAGGGUGGUGCUCACCUUUGACAACACCUCGUCCAAGAAGAAGAAACUCCUCUACAGGUUCAAGACCAAAACCUCCUCAGAUUGAGUUCACUUUUAUUCUAAAUCGUCCAUGAGGAGGUGAAAUUCAAUCAGAUGAACCCAAAAUUUUCAAAAUAGAAUUGUGAGAAUCUGACAUGUGAGUACUGCUUCAGACCUCAUCAUCAGAAAUUCAACAUCAUCACAUUGACUUGAAGGUUUUGGGGUGGGAUUCCUUUUGUUUAGCUAUCUACUAUUUCUUUCUAUGAAAUUUAAUUUUUUUAUAAUUUUUAAUUUUUAUAAAUUUUACUUGAGGGGAUUUUUGGCUUGUCUUCUUUUUUUUUUGGGUGUUGUUUUUGAGAUUUUAUUGGUGAAGAUAAUGUGGAAGGAAAGGGAAUGAAUGGGAAUUGGAGGAAAAAGAGAGGGAGAGUGGAAAGAAAACCUGUUACUGCUGUUGCCUGUAAAAUUUCUAUGUACAUUGGUUGGCUUUUUUUGGUGAAAUGGGUGUAUCUCUUAUGUCAUAGUAAAUGAUUUGUUUGUUUAUA